GUCGAAAGGAGCGGGGCGCGUAAAGUGGCUGCUAGCGUCCAGGGCACUUUCAUCGAUAACCACAUUCCACGUUAACCCAGCAACGAAGCAAGCACGACGAGCAUACUACACCAGCAUAUAACGGCAAAAGCACAUUACAACAUACAGCCGACUUCAUACACGUUCCACGCCACAAACCACCAAAAUAAACCCCACCAUGGCGCCCCCCUCCAAACUCGCAAUCUCCACCUCCGUCGUCACGCGCCUCGUCAAAGAAGAAGCGUCCUACCACAAGGAAGCCGUGCAGCAAGCCUCGCGCAUCGCGAAACUCGAGAGCAGCCCCGGCGACGAGAAUGCAGAGUACACGCUGAGACAAGAGCGACAAGCCCUGCAGGAAACCAAGAACGUGCUUCCUAGCAUGAAGGCCAAGAUCGGUCAGGCGGUUGAAAGGCUGGAGGAAGAACUUGAGGUUAGUGGGGCAGAUGCGCCCGACGCGGAGGUGACGAAGGCGAAGGAAGCGAUUGCGAAGGGUAAAGAGGCGAUGCAGGAGAGUGCGUAGGUGGGGAUUAUGAAAGUCGUGAACGGCAUGCUGAUAGGGACGAGCAUACUGAUGAAGCAUACUCAUAGAGGAGGGUAUUGGAGUCUACAGAUGGACGUCUGAAACGAGAAAUGAAAUGCAGCCAGAACACCGCGCUAUGCCGAAAAUAUAAGACCUGAAUGAGAUCCGUUCCGAAAGGGAUCGAGAAAACGAGGCCGCUCACGAACCAA